GCGCACCGCCGCCCCGCCUCGUCUCGACCCGCGUCAGCCGCGCCGACGACGACCACGAUGGCCGACAAGGUCGUCCACAACCUGCGCACCAACGUCGAGAGGCUGGGAGCGCGGCUGGGGGAGAACUUGGCAGAGCACUCUCGCGACCUCGGACUCGUCGACUCGUUCGCCUCGGGCAGCGGCGGCGGCGCGGGCAAGUACCUCGAGAACGGCGCGGUCUUGACGGCGGCCGGCGUCGAGGAGACCAAGCGCAUGCUCGCCUCGAAGCGCGAGCUCGAGCGGACAGAGGGCCUCAAGCGGGUCAUCGCCAUGAUGACCAAGAACCUGCCCGUCACGUCCUUCUUCCCGCUCGUCACGUCGCUCCUGUCGCCGACGACGUCGCUCCAAGCGCGGUCCCUCAUCUCGCUCUACAUCGUCCACUGCGCGUCACACGCGCCCGAGCUCGCCCUCCUGUCGAUCAACGCCUACCAGAAGGACCUGUCGGACCCGAACCCGCUCGUGCGCGCCGGCGCCAUCUCGACCCUGAGCGCCAUGCCGCUCCCCGACAUCCGCGAGCUCGUCGGCAUGGCCAUCACCAAGGGCGCGCGCGACACGGCAUGGUACGUCCGGCGCGCGACGGCCGACGCCCUCAGGGCCCUGUACCGCGCCGACCCGCUCAACGCCGACAACCGCAACGGCCUCAUCGCCGUCCUCAAGGUGCUCCUCGACGGCGCGAGCCCGCUCACGGUCGGCGCCGCCUUGAGCGCGUGGGAGGACCUGUGCCCGACCAACUGGGACCUCGUGCACCCCAACUAUCGCCGGUACUGCAAGAUGCUCAUGGACGUCGAGGAGUGGGGCCAGACGGUCGUCCUGCGCGUCGUCGCGCGGUAUGGGCGCACGUUCUUCCGCGACCCGGAGCAGCUCGGCGGCCAGGUCGAUCCCGAUGCCGAGCUCGCGCUCAAGAGCUCGGAGCCGCUCCUGCAGCACCUCAACCCGGCCGUCGUCAUGGGCGUCGUCAAGCUCCACUACUACCUGUCGCCGCCGGGUCGGCUCGCCAAGAUUGCGCCGCCGCUGUUGCGCCUGCUGCGAGGUCCGCCAGAGGUCCCGACCGUCGCCCUCGAGGACUGCGCCCUCAUCGCCGAGCAACGACCUGAGCUCUUCGCCAAGCACCUCUCAAGCUUCUUCGUGCGCUUCUCGGACCCGGUCGAGAGUCGCAAGACGCGCCUGCGGGUCCUCGUCGCCCUCGCCACCGAGUCCAACAUCCGAAUCGUCCUGCGCGAGCUCCUCACCUACAUCAAGGACGACGACGACGCGUUCGCCGCCGACGCCAUCACGGCCAUCGGCACGUGCGCGAUGCGCGUACCUGCCGUCGCGACCGAGUGCCUCGAGACGCUCACCCAGCUGCUCCAGAGCAAGCACGACCGCACCGUCACGUCCGCCGUCCUCGUCUUCCGCACCCUCCUGCGCUCGUCGUCGUUCCCCUCGUCGUCGUCGUCCAAGUCGCCCUCGCGCACGGCCAUCGUCACGCGCCUUGCGGCGCACCUCCACGCCGGGCGCAUCACGGACCCGGCUGCGCGUGCGACCAUCUUCUGGCUCGUCGGGCAGUACGCGGCCGAGGACGGCGGCGCCAUCGUUGAGGGCUGCGGGGCCGAGGUGGUGCGGCUCGGAGCCAAGGGGUUCGCGACCGAGGCCCUGCCCGCCAAAUUGCAGCUCCUCACCCUUUCGGCCAAGCUCCUCGUCCUGUCGCACCUCGCGCCCCUCACGCCCUCGACGCACGGCGCGCUCGUCCUCCUGUUCCAGUACGUCGCCCUCGUCGCCCGGUACGACCGCGUGUACGAGGUGCGCGACCGCGCGAGGUUCCUCGCCGGGUUGGUGAGCGCGGGCGGGAUCGGGCGCAGGAGGAAGGGCGACCCGGCGGGCGAGGGGGACGAGCGCGAGGGCGAGGGCGCAAAGGUCGUGCUCAGCGCCGAGGACUUUGCGCGAGGGGUCAGCCUCGAGGACGUGGGUGCGGCGGGGGCGAACGGCGGCAGCGGCGAGGGGCAGGAGGACGAAGAGGAGGCGCAGACGAUGACGGGCGAGCAGGUGCGCGCGGUGCUGUUCGACGGCAAGGCCUUCGAGGCUGCAUCAGACCGCCCCACCUCGACCGCCCAGCUCGGCACCCUCUCCCUGUCCCUCUCCUCUUCCUCGAGCACCUCGGCCCCAUCUCGCCCGUUUGGCCCCUCGACCCUCUCGCUCGCGCACAUCCCUCCCUACCCGACCUCGGUCCCGCCCUCGUCGAUCCGCGACCCGCCCACCGACGCCAACGGCUCGAGCGCCACUUUGCGCGCCCAGACCCCUCUCCAGGGCUUUGGCAGCGAGUCGUUGCGCCCCGGCCCCGGCGUGCGGCAGCAGGGCGCGCCGAGCAGGGUCGUGCUCACGCCCGGCGCGGGCGGUGCCGCCGCCGCAGGGUCGUCGUCGAGGAGGACGGCGAGCCCGAUGCUGACGGCGGCGGCGGCCGCCCAGCAGAAGAAGGUGACGCUCAACGAUUUUUUCGAGAGCAGCGAGGACGAGUCGGAGGAGGACGACGACGACGAGGAGGAGUCGAGCGCGGCAGAAGAGGAGGUCGAGGUCGAGGAGGACGAGGACGAGUCGGGACCAGGAACAGAGGAGGAGGACGGCUCAGGAGAGGAGGACGAGUCGAGCGAGGCGGACGAUGAGGCGCAAUAGACGCUGUUCGUGCCGCUGUCCAA